AUGCUCUGUCUCGUUUUAAACACCCUACUUGCAUUUAUUUCAGGCGGAAAACGACAUUAUCAUCCACUUCGAUAUAAGGACUCAGAUAUUUCUUCAUUUGACGGAUCUGAUUUAUUUAGUCAAUCAACUGAUGCCACAGAAUCGAGUCACUCUAGUAAUAGCAACAGCGCUGUCUCAGCCUCAGAUGCAUCUAGCGUCGCCCAGACAACUAGUGAAUCUGAUUCUGAGGCAUCCUCAUCUGCUGAUGGAAGCAUUUCUGCAACAAGCCCUGAUGAAGAAAGUGAUGACGACGAGGAAGGUGCUGCGGGGGAUACCUCGAGCACAGGGUCUGGAGCCACUCAGCCAGCUAAGCGCAGGCCAAGUCGAGCGGACAAAGCAUCAAGUGAAUUACGACUACUAGGUCGAACAAAACAGAAGGUGACACGAAAGGGUCGUCAAAGUAAAAUAAAGACAAAGGAACGAGGAAAGAAGGCGAGGCAGCGUAAGCAGCUUAAAAAGCGUAGACUACGUACCCGGCUUAGGCAAAGUGAUAUUAAUUCAUCAGACUCUGGAAAAAUGGACCGUGACGAACAGUCGAAGAAGAGUUCAGAGGCCGACACUUUACAGCUAAAAUUAUAUGGCUUCACUCGUUCUCGGCUGGAGCGCCACUUCGCUUUUCAGCGUCUCACUCAUUACCUGAAUGCAGGGGGGCGAUUGAAACCAAGGCGGGUGUUUGUUUGCUGCGUUUGCGAGCGGGCAGGCGAGUGCAUAGCCAAUGAGGCAGCUUCCACCUCGACGGCCAAGAAAGAGCUUCCGCCACAGGCACCACUGGCUAACACAGUGGUAGAUACCGCCACUGUUAGCAUGUGUGUGCCACCUAGCCAUGGACCAAUGGCAGGGCAUCCUGCAGCCAAAGGUGAUAGGCGAUCGACAUUAGGAACAAAAAGAGAAUGUGUUGAUCGUCUAGAACCCUCAACCACUUUGCAUGAUCUACCUUCGAUACCAACGGUACAAACGGACAUCGCGACAGCGGAACUCACUACCGAAGUCGCUGUGGAUGACAGGAAAGUGGAGGAAAGCUUUAAUGAAGAUGGUACUACUACUAUAAACGCCGCCCUGAUCAAGGAUUGCAGCAUUAAAUCCCAGAAAAAGGCCAUGUACGAGAUUUUCUUUCCCUAUUAUAAUUUUAAGAAGGAAUUGCGCAAAAUAUUCCUGUUUUUACUCUAA